UGUUUUGCAGUUGUUGAAAAUAUGGAGAAAAACAUCACUUCUACCACCGUACCGACUCAGAUCCUUCUAAAUAUCACUGCUGCCGUCAACGCCACAGAGAAACCCUUCAGUGUGUUUGACGGCUGUGAGACUCUGAUGGAGGGCGUCCUCUUCGACCUGACGCUCCAGUGCUUUAACACCAUUGUCGGAAUCCCCGCCAACUUAUUGGUUAUUGCGAUCCUCAUCAAAAAUCGUAAAGAACCCUCCACCUCGGACAUAUUUCUGGGCUGCCUGGCCGCCAUGGACGCCUACUUCGGCAUCGUGCUUCCUCUCAGUUUGCUUAACCUCUACCACUGGCACAGUAAAGGUGUGUGGUCCACCAUUAAGUUCUCCUACGGCGUCAAAGACACCAGCGGGCCUCUGUUUCUGUCCUGUAUCUGCCUGGACCGCUUCAUGGCCGUGGUCUUUCCGGUCGCCUUCGGGCAGCUCAAAGACAUCAAGUACCGGUUGAGUCUUUCUCUGCUGGUCUUCUGCCUCACCUUCGCCUACUCAGCGGCUAAGACGGUAGGAGGCCUCCCCAACUUUGAGAAGGUGUUCACGGGGGAAAUCCUGGCAACAUUUACGUGGAUGAUCAUGUGUAAUGGGACCAUCCUGUGGAGCCUGAAGAAGUCCCCCGGUGUGGGGAAAGAUGAGAUGCACCCCAUGAAGAAGCGGGCCUUCAAGAUAGUGCUGUCCAUCCUGUGUAUUAUCAUUUUUAACUACCUGCCCCCAGUGGCCCUGUUCCCUUUUGAAGAUCACUACACCCCUGACGUGUUUCGCUGCUACGUUCAGCCGGUGGGCUUCGCCUUCCUCAACAUCAGCAGCACCAUUCAGCCGCUCAUCUACCUGUCUCGACUGGAGAAGGUGCCGUUCCUACCUGAGUCUUGUGUAAAGAAGUACUGCUCCUGUUUGAGCGCAGAAAACAACAAAAGUCCACCUGCACCAAACCCUCCUGAGUAGAUUUAAAGGAAUGUCUGUCAGAGAUUGAGCUCCGUAGAUACUGAGUUACCACUGAAGAAGAGCUGUGAGAAGAGGUAGAUAAA